GAUUGGUCCCGAAUAGGAAACUAUAAAAACAGACUCGCAGAGAGAGAGAGAGAGAGAGAGAGAGAGAGAGAGAGAGAGAGAGAGAGAUUUGAAUGUGAUGAUAGCAUAAGAGAAAAGAAAUGGAUGGGAUGCAGUUAGCUCUACCUGUUCUCGGAAUUGUAGCAGCCGCAGCUGUCACCUUCUACGCUGUUAGUUUUGCUGAGCUUCGAGAGAAAUCAUUCAGAGAUCUGGACGAUUCAGAAGAUGACGGAAAUGGUGGCUUCAAGCCGUCACCCAGUUCUAGAGAGAGGCGUGCCCGAAGAAAAGCUUCCAAAAACACCAACUCUUAGUUUGAAUCUGAAUCCUCUAUUUUAUGCUCUCUUCUCUUUUCCUGUUCAAGAGAUUAUGCAUAUUAAGAUGAUUCUAUGAAGCUCUUUGAUGUUCUUCGUAUAAAGUUGCCUCACGAUUAAUCUGAAGUAAAGUGAUAACAUAUGCUGUUAUGGUUUUAGACACGACAA